ACUCCAAAACAAAUAGCUAAACCAUUUGAAAGAAAAUACAAUUACCAAAACUAUGAUGCUAUAGAAGAAUAUUAUAAAGAGAAAACUCUUUAUUUAGAAGAUAAAAGCAUGUAUGAAGUAAUGGAAACAUUAUUAAGUCAAGUUCUUAAAGCUUCAUUUCAACAAGGAGGACAAAAGAAAAGAGAUUACUCUAUAGAUGUAACUAGAACAAAUGCUAUGAUGAUAACAGAAAAAAGAGAACUAACUCAAUUAUAUUCAGAAUGUUAUUAUAUCUAUCUACCUAAAGACCUAUUAGGAGGAACAUGUCCAGAAUGCUUUAAAGAAAUGCAAGAAAAACUAACAGAUAUACAAAAAAAAGAAGCUAAAAUAAAACUAGAAAAAUAG